CACGCUCUGCUGCAGCCUAUCCAUCUCCGCUUUAUCUGCCGUUGGACGGCUCCGUAACUAUUUGUAGCCUCGUACUGCUGUAGCUAGCAGAGGCAGCAGACCAGCCGACGGUACAUUACUGCCACGUGGUAUCUUGCUUUACUUCCAGGGUUUUGUCGAUCUAAGGAUCUAAGGGACAUCGCUGGUCAUUGUUCGCUCUUUCCUCACCAUUUUUUACAGUAGCACAUUGUUCUAACCGUAUCAUCCUGCAUUGUCCUCAUGGCGCCUCGUCCUUACCCGUUCUAUUCCCCUAAACCGUGUCCGAUAGACCAGACAUAGUAUACCCGUCGUCGUCGUCGUCAGCGUUAGCGUAACCAGAAAAGUCAUUUAUUUCGCUUCGUAUUUUAUUCGAGCAUUAACGUGUCUGACAUCCCAGCGGUACCUGUCGAGAUCAUCUCUGUCAGAAUUAACGCCUCGUUAGGGUUAACGCCUCGUUAGAAUUAACGCCGCCAGAAAGGCCACCAUGAGUUCCUCAAACCCUAGUUUGGCGUCCAUGGUUGACUCGAUGGUCAAGACCAUCGAGGAGACCAGGCGGCUCGCGCCGAAGGUUCCGGUCGACACAGCCAGCUUCUUAACCAUGGCGUUCUACCUAGGCGAGCUUCGCGAAGUCCUUUCGCAGCUCAACACGAAGCGCGACCUGACCAAGUCGUCGGCAGAAUCCCUAAACGGAAUGAAGCGGCUGAAAACGGCUCUGGACGAUCUUAAGAAGCUCACCAAGGACCACACGGAGUGCAGCCGGCUGUUCUUAAUCUUCGACACGGACAAAUUAGUCGGCGACUUGCAGCGGAUGGUGCAGGAGGUGGGCCACGAUCUGAACCUCAUGCCGGUGCUCAGCAUCAUGUCGUCGCUCCCGACAGACGUUGCCAACCGGCUGACGGACCUCCGCGGCCGGAUGCGGGUCGCGACGUUCGACUCCGAGCCGGAAGUCGCGGAGCUGUCGCUGGCCCUGGAAGACGGCGUGACGAAAAACAGCAAGAAAGUCGCGACGGCGCUGGUGGAGCGAGUAUUAAAGUUCCUAGAGAUGCCGUCGUCGCAAUCGGAUGUGCUUAAAGAGGAGGUGCAGCGGGAUCUGCUCGUAGCGGAGAAGGAGGAGCGGUGGAUGGAUGUGGAUAAGCUCACGGAGUUGAAGACGCUCGUCAGCCUCGCGAGCAUCUCCAGCGAGGUGCCGAUCACGCAGACGUUUUCGCGCCUCGCGCUGCGGCUCCGCGAGGAGCAGGGCAUGGCGGUGCCGGAUAGCUUUAAGUGCGCGAUGACGGGGGAAGUUAUGCGGGAUCCGGUGAAGCUGGUCGAGACUGGAGAGACCUACAACCGCAACGCGAUUGAGAAUUUCUUCGCGAAGGGGAAGCGCGCGUGUCCGAAGACCGGGAAGCAUCUCAAGAGCGCGGAGCUGGUGUGCAACGUGGAGGUCCGGAAGGCCAUAGAGGAGAGCUACGACGAGCUGAACCGAAAGACGCUGGACGAGGCCGCGCGGAUAGUGCGAGACGAUAUGGAGCAACGAGCGGCGGAUGCCGCGGCAGCGGCGGAAGCGAGAGCAGCCGCGCUAGCCGCGGGCGGGGAGGCGGCGGAAGCGAUCCUGGCGGAGGAAGCGGCGAAGGCGGAGGAGGAGCGGAAGAAAGAGGAGGAGAAAAAAGCGGCGGCGAAAAAGAAGAAGAAGGGGCCGGAGCCGCCGCCUAAGGAGGAGCCGAAGGCGGCGAGCGGGGGGGAGAGGGAGGAGGAGGCGGUGGAGGCGAUGCAGCAGCUUUCGUCGCAGGAUAAGAAGUAUGCCGCGCAGCUGGCGGAAAGCGGCGCCGUGGUGCCGCUGGUGCGGCUGGUGACGGAGAGAGGCGUGGGGGCGGUGAGGGAGGGCGCGGUUACCGUGCUGCGGAACAUCGCCAGCCUUGGAGAGGCGGAAGCCACUGCGAUAGCAGACGCAGGGGGCAUCCCCCCUGUGGUGCACCUCAUCACGCACGACACUGCCGACGUGACCGCAGGCAUCCAGCUGGUCUUAGAGCUCUCGCGCUUCCCGGCGCUGCGGCAGGCGGUGACGGACGCGAUGGGCGUGGUGGAGAUGAUCAAGCUGCUCAACUGGCACCUGGAGGACGACGUCGGGGGGCUGUUGGAGGCCGUGCUGCACACGUACUGGCGCGACGACCCGUACGUCGCCAUCCAGAUGGCGUCCGUGGGCAUGUUCAAGCCGCUCGUGGUGCUCCUAGAGCCAGAGAGUGACAUGGAGACCCGCAUGAUGAUGGCGGACGGCGUCAUGACGUGGGGCGUCAACAAGGCGCACCGGGUGUCCCUCGUGCAGUGCGGGGUGCUCCCGCCCCUCGUCUCCCUCCUCAACGACGGGCCCCCUGAGGGCAAGGCCGCCGCCGCGCGCGCCAUAGAGCACCUCUCCCACACCGACAUGAACCGUAUGGCUCUGGCAAAAGCAGGGGUGAUCCCAGCGCUGGUUAAAGCCCUCGCGAGGGGGUCUGCUGAGGUGAAGAACGCGGCGCAGGCCACGCUGGCGAAUCUGGCGAUGGACGACCAGGAUCUGGACGCGCUGGACGAGGACGGGACAGCCGUCCGAUUGAUCACGAUGCUGCGGGCGGGUCCGGCGACGAACCGGGACUACGCGGUGCGAACGCUGGAGUGCAUGGCGAAGGAGAGCAAGUCCAUGCGCGCGGCGGUAAUGGAGGAUGACGGCGCGGUUACCGCCAUCUUUGAGGUGUUACAGGAGAGUGCGUCGCACUUUGCGGCGGGGAGUCUGAGGUCCUCGGCGCUGCUGCUCCUGGGGCACCUCUGCCAGGAGCACAACGCGGCUGAAAUGAUGGCCGCACCGCCAGAGGUGGUCAAAACGCUCGCCACGCUCCUAGCCAGGCCGCUACCUGGGGAGGAGCGGGAGGCGAUAGUGAUUGUGUUGGGGACUAUGGCCGGGAACAAGCAGAUGCGGCCGCUGGUGAGGAUAGAGGAGCAGGUUUUCACGCUGAUGCAAAAGUUUCUGAACCUGAAUCCUGGGUCGAGUACCGGAACGUCAGGUCCGGGGAGCUCCAACCCUGCCAGUUCGGCUCGGUUGCAGGAGGCGAUUAUGUCCGGGCUGUCGAAGCUUGCCGACCCUGACGAUAUGGAGGCGCAGCAGAUUGUGGCUAGGCUUGGGGUGAUCCCCCUGGCAGUGCAUUAUCUUAAAAUGGGGCCGGAUGUAAUGAGGAUCCCGUCCGCAGUGCUGUUAGGGAAUCUCUCCCACUCCACGCCGAAGCUCGUCGACCAAACCUCGCUCGACCGCAGGCUCGGCAAGGCCAUGACCUGGAAGCUCAACUUCUCCCGGUCCAACUCGAGAGCCUCGGCGGCCAGCACAGGGUCAGGCUCGGCAGCCAGCCCCGGUUUGAUGGGUACGGACAAGCUCCGAUCGUGCAAGGUGCACGGGGGGAAGUGCAGCCUGGAAUCCACCUUCUGCCUCGUCGAGGGGGACAUCGUCCCGAUCCUACUGGAGCUGGUUCGGCGAAGCGAGAAUCGGGUGGCGGAGGUGUGCCUAGCCUCGGUGGCGAGCCUGCUGGCGGACGAAGGGGACCACGAGCGUGCAGCGGACCUCCUGGUCAAGCUAGAUACCAUUGAAGCGGCCGCGGGGGUGGUGGGGAGAACCAAGGAGCUGACCAAGUGGGCGGUGUAUAUCCUAGAGAAGGUGUUUGCUAUCAAGAAGUACCGGGCGCCCAAGUACUCGCAGCCGGCGGUGACGGCGUUGGGGCGAUUCAUGACAACGGCCACGGGGCAGGGCCGGAAGACGGCUGCUGAGACACUCAUGAGGCUCAAUAUUCUGCCAAAAGGGUCGUUCGAUCUGUGAGGAGGGGUUGCAAGAGUGGUUGGAGGGAGGGGGGGGCAGGGAGGGGAGGAAGGGGGAGGGAGGGUGAGUAGUGCUCGCAGAAACGGCUGGAGGGGGAAAGGGAAGGGAUGGGGGAGGGAGGAUGUGUAGUACUGGCAGCCGACGGUGACGGCGCUGGGGCGGUUCAUGGCGACGGCCACGGGGCAGGGCCGGAAGACGGCUGCUGAGACCUUACUGAGGCCGAACAUCCUGCCCUAGAGGUCGUUCGAUGUGAUAAGGCUGCAGGUUUGGUUGGAAGAAGGGGGGGGAGGGAGGGGGGGGGUGGGGGAAGGGGAGUGGGGCGGGACUGUUUGACCUGUGAGGGAAGGGAGAGACUUGGGGGAGAGGAGGAGGGAUGAAGAAGUGUUUGGAGGGGAGGGGAGUGGAUUAAGGAGUGGUUGAAGGGAAGGGGUCUAGUAUAUCACAGGGGAGGAAGGCGGGCAGGAGAGAUGCUGAUGCGGCUGCACAUCCUGCCAGAUGGGAGAGGGACCGUUCGACCUGCAAGGGAAAGGAAGAGACUGGGGAAAGGAGGGGAAGGAGGAGAGGGGGAGGGGGGGAGUGGACAGAACAGCACUGGGAAGGAAGGCGACAGAUGAGGCGCUGAUGCCGCAGAUUUUCUGUUUAGCGGCGACGCUGAAUGACAAGGGGCCGUUUGCCUUGUGCGGGAAGAUGGCUGCUGGCUUUUGAAUGAGGCGGAGGGGUUAGCUGGGGGCCAGCAGGCGGAAUAGGGCAGAGCAGGACAGCAGCAGCUGAGAGUGGAAGGGAGGCAGAGACAUCCCACCCAAGGGAUCGUUCGACCUGUUUGAAAGCUUUUUGGGAUGGGGAGGGCCAUUGGUGACUUGUGGACAUGGCACAGCCUUCCAGACUGCCUUGUAGCUGGAGCAGCAGCAGCAGAAGCAGCAGCAGGCUGUUUGCUGCAGUGGCAAGGGGGAUCACAAAAGCAGCAGCAGCAGCAGCAGCAGGUGUAGCAAUGGUGGUAGUGAUCUCGCCGAAACGAGCAUGUUUGUUCCGCUUGGAUAAGCGGCCUCUCACCUCACCACCUCCCCCCCCACCCCCCCACCCCCAUUAUUUCUCUCCAACUUUGCCCUUCGCCCUAUCCGUCCCCUCCCUCUCUCUCCACUCCCUACCUCCUCCACCAAGGCACACACAUGUGUCUGACUAACCUACCUACCAGCUUUCUCCCUCCCCAUCCCCACACCCCUGUAUCCCCCUCCUCUCUCCAUUUCUCGUAAGUUAUACCCUGUGGCUUCUGGCAACCCCACAUUCCUCGGAAGCUCUGUGGCUCGUGUUUUCUUGCUUAGACUAUUAGGAUUUGCGUUACAGGUUUUGAGAAGCUGCUCCGAUGGCUCUUGGGCGCAGGCCAUUGCUCGCUUGCGUUGUGGUGAGAUACCGGUACCAGAUGGACCAAGAGAGCAGUUAAAUCAAUAGCCCAUGUGGGCCUUGAUCAACAGCCGGUUUAGGGUGCUUUUUAUGCUUCGAGCAGUGUCAUGGUUGUAUGUCGAGGUGCGUUGAGCUCUGAUUGCUUAGAUGUUAUGGCUGCCAAUGCUGAAGGGGCGUUCUAGACUGCUACUGGUGUGCUAGGACCACUUUAGGAAGUAUAUUAAGACUGCAACACCCUUUUUAGUCUGAUAACAGAUGCAGUGUUCUAUCCCUGCAAGUGU